AUGAACAAGGCCAUGAGGAAGGAGAGUGGUAAGAAGCUUGUGGGCAGGGCAGCAGCAAGGGCUCUCGUGUGGCUUCUGCUUCCUGUCCUUGUCUUCGUCGUGCUCAACUCCGAUCACAUGCCGCGGGUUCCUCAAUUACAUGCAACAACUCUUUAUCAUUCAUUUAAUUCAGAUUUGGUCGGCCAUGCACCGCCACCUUCUCCCGCAUCAAGCCAGCAGACGCCCGCCGAGGCCGUCGAUGCACCACCUUCUCCCGCAACAAGCGACCAGACGCCCGGCGCGGCCGUUGAUACACCACCUUCUCCGGCACCACGCGACGAGACGCCCGGCAACAUCGUCAGUGCGAACAAAAGCCAACAUAUAUAUGUGGCAGCACCAAGAAGCAAGUCAAUCUGCGACUUCAGCAGUGAACGCAUGGACAUAUGUGCCAUGCAAGGCGACGUCCGUAUGCAUGGCAAAUCCGCCACCGUCUACGUGGUCUCAGCAUCUGAUGACAGUUACCGGCCAGAGAAUGGAACAGUGAAGAUCCACCUGUACCCGCGCAAGUCGGAGGAAGGAACGAUGCGCGCUAUCCGGGAGGUGACCAUCCGCUGGAGCGGGCUGGAUGCGCCACGGUGCACGGUGACACACGACGUCCCUGCGGUGGUCUUCUCCACCGGCGGCUUCCUCAACAACUUUUUUCACGCCAUGACCGAUGGUCUCAUCCCUCUCUUCAACACUGUGCGGGAGUACGAUGGCCGCGUCCAGCUUGUGGUCACCGACUACAACCACAAGUGGGUUGACAAGUUCCAAGACAUCCUCGCCGCGCUCUCCAUGUACCCGGUCAUCGACUUUGACGCCGACGACAAGGUGCGUUGCUUCCCGUCGGUGCACGUCGGCACCGAGAGCCAUAAGGAGAUGGGGAUCAUCCCUGCUCUCUCCCGCAAGGGCUACACGAUGACGGACUUCCGGAACUUUCUCCGGUCGGUCUACUCGUUGAAGCGUGAGUGGGCGACCCCCGUAAACCGGACCUCCGGCGACAGGCCUCGUCUCCUCAUGGUGUUGCGCCGCAAGUCAAGGGCAUUCGCGAAUGAGGCGGAGGCCGUCACAGCUGCCACAGAUAUAGGUUUUGAGGUGGUGUUGGGGGCCCCGAAGGCCAUGAGCGACAUGGCCCGGUUCGCAGAGGUCGUGAACUCGUGCGACGUGAUGGUGGGCGUGCAUGGCGCAGGGCUCACCAACCUGGUGUUCCUCCCGCGUAAUGCAACGUUGGUGCAGGUCGUCCCGUGGGGCGACAUGAGUUGGGGGGCCAAUGCUGCCUUUGGUGCGCCGUCGGCUGACAUGGGGCUCCGGUACGUCCAGUACGAGCCGACCGCCGAUGAGACGACGCUCAAGUACAUAUACCCGAGGGACCACGCCGUCUUCACCGACAUUGCCUCCAUACACAGGCAGGGGUAUGGUAUGACGUGGGCGAUCUUCCUCAACGGCCAGAAUAUCACCCUCGACAUCGACCGCUACAGAGGGGUGUUGCAGCAAAUCUACCAUGAUAGUGUAACGGUCAAUCCUUCAUUUAAUUCUGUUGCCGCUGUCGAAGCACCGCCUUCUCCGGCAUCAACCGGCGAGACACCCGGCGACGUCCUUGAUGCCAACAGAGAUCUCCAAAACGAAAAGGGGCUCCUAGCCAUGAACACGGGAUUAGAUGGUUCUUCGAUAAAAUCAGAUGUGGCAGCACCAAGAAGCAAGUCAAUCUGCGACUUCAGCAGUGAACGCAUGGACAUAUGUGCCAUGCAAGGCGACGUCCGUAUGCAUGGCAAAUCCGCCACCGUCUACGUGGUCUCAGCAUCUGAUGACAGUUACCGGCCAGAGAAUGGAACAGUGAAGAUCCACCCGUACCCGCGCAAGUCGGAGGAAGGAACGAUGCACGCUAUCCGGGAGGUGACCAUCCGCUGGAGCGGGCUGGAUGCGCCACGGUGCACGGUGAUACACGACGUCCCCGCGGUGGUCUUCUCCACCGGCGGCUUCCUCAACAACUUUUUUCACGCCAUGACCGAUGGUCUCAUCCCUCUCUUCAACACUGUGCGGGAGUACGAUGGCCGCGUCCAGCUUGUGGUCACCGACUACAACCACAAGUGGGUUGACAAGUUCCAAGACAUGCUCGCCGCGCUCUCCAUGUACCCGGUCAUCGACUUUGACGUCGACGACAAGGUGCGUUGCUUCCCGUCGGUGCACGUCGGCACCGAGAGCCAUAAGGAGAUGGGGAUCAUCCCUGCUCUCUCCCGCAAGGGCUACACGAUGACGGACUUCCGGAACUUUCUCCGGUCGGUCUACUCGUUGAAGCGUGAGUGGGCGACCCCCGUAAACCAGACCUCCGGCGACAGGCCUCGUCUCCUCAUGGUGUUGCGCCGCAAGUCAAGGGCAUUCGCGAAUGAGGCGGAGGCCGUCGCAGCUGCCACAGAUAUCGGUUUUGAGGUGGUGUUGGGGGCCCCGGAGGCCAUGAGCGACAUGGCCCGGUUCGCAGAGGUCGUGAACUCGUGCGAUGUGAUGGUGGGCGUGCAUGGUGCAGGGCUCACCAACCUGGUGUUCCUCCCGCGUAACGCGACGUUGGUGCAGGUCGUCCCGUGGGGCGACAUGAGUUGGGGGGCCAAUGCUGCCUUUGGUGCGCCGUCGGCUGACAUGGGGCUCCGGUACGUCCAGUACGAGCCGACCGCCGAUGAGACGACGCUCAAGUACAUAUACCCGAGGGACCACGCCGUCUUCACCGACAUUGCCUCCAUACACAGGCAGGGGUAUGGUAUGACGUGGGCGAUCUUCCUCAACGGCCAGAAUAUCACCCUCGACAUCGACCGCUACAGAGGGGUGUUGCAGCAAAUCUACCAUGAUAGUGUAAUGGCCAAUCCUUCAUUUAACUAG